AUGACUCCCGACGGCGACGAGUACGAGGAGGCGCUGGACAGCAGCCAGCCAGGCCCGCAUCGGAUCUGCAUGCUCGGGCUGGACGGUUCACCUCCCCGCCUGCUGCGGGAUAAGUUCUACAGGUUCACAGAGCACCCCACGGACGAGCAGCUGGUGAGGAAGGCAGUCGAGCACUUCCGAGCGCAGGCGCACGCGAGCACCCCGCAGCCGCCACUUCGUGGACAGCACGGGGUCGGUGGUGGCGCUGCCGGCGGGCGCGCGCAGAGACAUGGACGCCGCUCUGGUGCCGCUGGAGCCCGCUGGAGGCGCUGCGGGAGCCGUCGCGCGCCCUUUUAG